AUGUCCGCGACGUACUGGCCUAACGGCCGUGCAUAUUCGGCUGCACUUUCCUACGCCGUGGCGGUCCUCGGCUCUAUCCUCGUGAAUGCGCUGCCAUCGUCGGACAGGGUAGGGCUAUUGUUUUCAUACUGGAUUUCGAUCACGAUGCUCGCGCCGUUUGUCAUUGUCCUGGCGUGGGUCGGAUCGCUUACAGCAGGACACACGAAGCGCGUAACGAUGAACGCCAUGGUCAUGGUCGGAUAUGCCCUUGGUAAUGCCGUCGGGCCGCAGUUUUGGCUGGUGAAAUAUCAGCCUCGGAACCAUGUCCCAUGGGCGAUCCUUACUGCGUGCUGGGCCACCUGUCUCGUACUGCUGCUGGUCACUCGAUGGGUGCUCGUACGGGAGAAUGUGCGGCGCGACGCGGAGCCACACGACCCGAUGUAUGAUGAGGUGUACAUGAUAGAUGAGAAGACGGGUGAGGAGAAGAAGGUCGAUAAGGUCGAAGGUGUUCUCUGCAGCAAAGCAGGAACCAUCUCCUCAGGAACGAUCCAUCUAACCGCGCACCAUCUCAUCUUCCACUACGACGACGCAGAGAAGGAGGAGACAUGGGUCCCGUACCCAUUGAUAUCCCUGGUGACGCGGCUGCCGCUCACCCUGCAGGGACAAUACCCACUAAGCGUCCGGACGCGCACUUUCGAAGCGCUGGCGCUGGUGUUUGCUUCGGAGACGGACGCGGUGGACGUAUUUGAGAGCGUGAAGGAGCUGACGGUCGCAACGUCCGUCAACCAGUUAUAUGCGUUCUUUUAUGUCCCCAACCCUCCGUAUGCGGUCCAGACAGGCUGGUCGCUGUAUUCUCCGCGAGAGGAGUUUGGGCGUAUGGGGGUGGGCUCUCGCACAAAGGCGUGGCGGUUUACCGAUAUUAACAGAGACUACUCGUUCUCACCAACAUACCCUGCGCGACUCGUCGUGCCCACUCGCAUAAGCGACACGACACUGCAGUAUGCAUCGAAGUACCGCAGCAAGUUUAGGUUGCCCGUACUGACGUACCUUCAUUGGGCAAAUUACGGAAGCAUCACGCGCUCCAGCCAGCCGAUGGUCGGAUUAACGAAUAAUCGUUCAAUACAAGACGAGAAGCUCAUUGAAGCCGUCUUUCAGUCCCAUUGGUCCCCUGAAUCACGCGCCUCCAGCGGCCCCGUGUACGGUGCAACCGCGACAAACAUGAUCAUUGACGCACGGCCCACUACUAAUGCUAUGGCCAACACGGCCAAAGGUGCAGGCACGGAGAAUAUGGAUCACUACAAAGAUGCAAAGAAAGCGUACCUCGGAAUCGACCACAUACACGUGAUGCGGGAGUCCCUGGCAAAAGUUGUAGAAGCCCUCAGGGAGACGGAAAUGGCCUCGGCUGUCCUAGGGACUAGUGAAGAACGCCUUGGUGAAGGGACUGUGACCUCCGUGCUCGAUAGACAAGCACUUCGGCGGUCAGGAUGGCUCAAGCAUAUCUCGGCGAUCAUAGAAGGCUCCUUGCUCAUCGUGCGGAAUGUCCAUGUUAAUUCGUCACACGUUCUCAUCCACUGUUCCGACGGCUGGGACCGAACUGCGCAACUAUCGUCAUUGUCCCAACUCUGCUUGGAUCCGUUUUAUCGGACGAUGCGCGGAUUCCAGAUCCUGGUCGAAAAGGAUUGGGUCUCAUUCGGCCACAAGUUCCUGGAUCGGUGCGGCCAUCUGUCUUCGGAAAAGUUCUUCCUCGCCCCAGUUGAGAAUACGGGCGCUGGUGGCGGUGCGGAAGCCGCACAGGCCUUCUUGGCAUCUAUGCAGAACCGGUUCGCUUCCCAGCACCACAUCAAGGAGACUAGCCCUGUUUUCCACCAAUGGCUGGAGUGCGUGCGACAGCUACAGCGACAAUUCCCAGAACGAUUCGAGUUCAACGAGCGUUUCCUCCGACAGUUACACUACCACUUGUACUCAUGCCAAUUUGGUACGUUUUUGUUCAAUACUGAACGCGAACGGCGUGUAGGUGAGGGUAGUAAUCUGCCGCCAUGGGAGCGUACCGUGAGCGUAUGGGACUUCUUCAACUCACCACCCGAGGUUGAGUUAAAUCGCAAUCCUGAUUACGACUCCUCGCUGGACGACUCAACCAGCCGUGUACCAAAAGCAGAUAUGGGCGUGCUUUUGCCCAAUCCCAGGGAUGUGCGUUUCUGGCACGAACUAUACGGUCGCACGGAUGAGGAGAUGAAUGGCAGGUUUGUCACUCGCCAGCUCGCUCCGGAAACAGAAUUUGUAGGUCCAAUAGAGAGCUCUGCGGAUGAUCCAGUGGGUACGGUUCCAUAUUCUAUUCCACUUCCGCCGUCCCCUGCCAUAUCUCCCUCCCUCAGCAUCCCUCCAUCGCAAACGGUCGCUCGGAGAGUUUUUGAGAGGAGCGAUUCGCCUUCGGCGCCAGGCUCGGCACUCGGGAGUUCGGCAUUGACUCUGGAUGCACCUGGUAUACGUGACGGGUUAGACAGCGCCUCGGGACGCAGGGUUGUGCCGCCCCGUACUCCUUCGCCCGUCUCACGCUCAUCAGUCGCGUCCCGUGUACCUCCCACUUUGCAAGUGACAGAGCUAUUGUCCAGCACCAAUGUGCGCUCGAUGUGGGGUCGAUUUUCUUCAAAUGCAACCGCAGCAUUUUCGGCAGUUCAGGACGUGUAUGGAGGGGUGGCAAAGGACUUUCGGGGAUUGGCAAUUGGCACGGGGACGGGCGGGAACGCCGCGGGUGGCGAGUUGAAGAGCCGCGACGAGCUUGGUGUCUGGGGGGAGGUGCAGGAACACAGCAGGCGGCCGUCGUCUCCCCGCAUUUCCGGAAUCUCGCACACGAUUGGACCUAGCUCUACCAACCCCUGGUCAACGACAAAGGCGCACCCGGAGGUGCCUUCGAUGCUGUUUGACAACCCUUGGAGCUCGGCGCGCUCGCCCACGCCCGAGCCAGCGCCAGUGCGCUCGUCACCUGCCUCUUCAAACCCGAGUCUUUUGGAUCCGACGGUUGCGCUGCCUGGUGCUUCUUUGCAGUCAUCCUCACGCACUCUCCACUCAGUCUCACGAAUAGGAUCGUUAUCUCAAAAUGCGGGACGAGAUAUCCCCUCGCUUUCCCCGCCCCCGUCGGUUUCAUCUGAGCCACCCCAUCCUGUUUCAUCCGCCUCUUCAGACCCUCUAGGAGUAGGACUUUUGUAA